AUGUCAACUACUAAUCUCUCUCUCCCUACUGGAGGUUCUGUCGCGGUACGCACGGGAAUAUUCAUAAACAACGAAUGGCGCUCCUCUUCCUCUGGGGAAUCGUUUAACAUCUACGACCCGACCAACAAUCAACCUUUAGCUUCCAUAUCCCACGCUUCUUUACAAGAUGUUGACGAUACUGUCCAUUCCGCCAAACGAGCGUUUCAGACCACCUGGGGUACUCAGAUCCCCUCAAGCGAACGAGCUAGAAUCAUGUUCAAACUAGCUGAUCUGAUGGAACGGGAUACUGAGAAACUUGCUGCCUUAGAAAGUUUAAACACUGGGAAAGGCAUUAGAAUAGCUAGGGGAUAUGAUGUUCCUGAAGCUAUAGCUUGUUUGAGGUAUUAUGCAGGAUUAGCGGAUAAGACACAUGGUCAAGUAAUGGAUCAUUUGGGUCCGCAAGCUUUGGUGUAUACGAUGAAACAACCUUAUCCCAUUUGUGGACAAAUUAUACCAUGGAAUUAUCCAAUCAUGAUGUGGGCAUGGAAAGUCUCACCCGCCCUUGCAGCCGGUUGUUGUGUUUUAGUAAAACCCUCUGAACUCACACCACUCACAGCUCUAGCUUUGUGUGACUUGGCGAUAGAGGCUGGUUUACCUGGUGGAGUUUUAAACACCUUACCUGGUUUAGGUAGUAGUACAGGGGAAGCAAUUACUAGACAUAUGGGCGUGGACAAGAUCUCCUUCACGGGUUCAGUCUCUACAGGUCGACGAAUACUCGUCGCAUCAGCAGAAACCAACCUUAAAUCCGUUUCCCUCGAACUGGGUGGUAAAUCGCCCAUCAUCAUAUUCCCCAAUGUCGAUUUGGAAGAAGCUUCAAAAUGGGUCGCUAUGGGUAUUUGGGGGAAUUCAGGACAAGAUUGCACAGCUGGUUCUAGAGUUUACAUACAUGAAAGUGUAUUUGAUAUCUUUCUGGAGAAGAUGUGUGCGAGGGCGAAGGAGUUGAUAGUGGGUAUGCCAUAUGACGAAAAGACCAAUUUCGGUCCUCUCAUUUCCAAAGCUCAACAGACCAAAGUGCUCGAUUAUAUCUCCGGAGCUAGAGAAGAAGGCGCAAGAGUUGUUUAUGGUGGGACGGAUCGGUGUGAAUAUCCAGAAGGUUGUUGGGUUUUACCUACUAUUAUAACGGAUGUCACGACUGAUAUGCGUGUUAUUAAAGAAGAAAUCUUCGGACCCGUCCUCUGCAUCGCACCUUUCUCAUCUGAGAAACAAGCUCUUACUCUAGCUAACGACUCUUCUGUCGGUCUUGCCGCUGGAAUCUUCACAUCUGAUCAUUCUCAAGCUAUGCGUAUGUCUGCCAAUCUGGAAGCAGGGACUGUAUGGGUCAACCAAUAUGCUCUCACUUCCAACGGUGCACCUUUUGGCGGAUGGAAGAGUUCCGGAUGGGGUAAAGAUUUAGGUAUGGAAGGUAUAGAAGAGUAUCUUCGUGUGAAGGCUGUUCAUCACAAUUUUGGUUCAAAAGCACCAUGGCCGUUAUAA